UAAUAAACAAAGUCAGCCUCUCCCAUGUGUAAACGUUUAAAAUUGACCUUUAGUUUUAUUUUUAUCAAUUGGUCAUAUCUUGUGAUAAUACAAGGUAGCUUUUGGGGAUACUAACGUGCUUUUCUUUACUAGAGGAUCUUAUUUUGUCGACAUGUACAUGUACUUGGUACAGAUUAUAGCUCUGGCGGUUAUGAUCAUAGGAACAGCUUCACAGACACCUCAUGGAAAAGAUACUUCUAUUUGUACGACGAUUCAACCUUCAUCUUUUACUCCAGCAGUACAAAAGCCAAAUAUAACAAAUCAGUUUCAAUGUCGAGUGGAGAUAGUUCUUAGAAAUAAGAAUAAAACAGGACAAAUGCACGAAUACUUCGAUGACGUGAACAACCGUGGGUACAUACAUCAGACAGACAUGGAUGUAAGGUUCGAUGCCUGGUAUGAUUACGGCACCAAUGAGUUUAUUGGAUAUUACCCUGAUGCCCCAGCUUCAAUGCCUGGCCGGUGUUUUGUUCAAGACCUGAGUACAUCUAGUCAGCGACUUCUCUUUGGCUAUAGCAAAACUGGUCCGGGAGGUACAGGGCAUAUCUUCUCUGCUGCCAAAGCUCUACGUUUUAGUGGUCAAGGGAUUAAUGAGGUGUACAUGGGCAGGACCGUGGUUCGAGACAUUCAGGUGGAUUGGUGGCGAUCCUGUCAGUACUGGGACAGUAUGGAUGCUACAAUGAUAGUAGACUGGUACUUCACUGCUCAGAAUACGUGGAAUUCGGCUGUAGGAAUCCAGGUACCAGUGCAAGCCCACGUGAAAGGCAUAUCCUAUCAAAACGGGAAACACAAUUUUGAGCACUACUACAACUUUUUCGACUUCAUACCUUAUUUAGAUGCCACUGAGAAACAAGUAUUUGAGACACCCUCGGGUUUACAGUGUCCAGGCCGGAAGUUGACAAAAGCAUUUCCGACUGUUCCUCAAGACGCAUUUUCCUUUACAACAGAAGUCCUUGAGACUACGAACAUGACACUCUCCUUCAUGAAGGAAACAUAUUACUACUCCCAGAAACUUGUUAUGUUCGAAUACACUCCACAGACGGAUGACUUUUCCCCAUAUGGCAUGCAUGAUCUCAUCGAAAUUCAUGAUUUCAAUACUGGAGUAGCAUACGUUACCGACAGGGCACGUGGAAACUGCAGCUACCGACCAAUCGAGAUCUCAGACUUUGACGACCGAACAAGUGGUCCCAAUACAGUCAGAAUUCGGAACUCGAGGGAAUUUUUCUAUUUAGACGUCAAAAAUGUCUCCUAUGAAGGCGUUAAAAACAAUCGCGGGAUCGACUGUGAUUCUUGGGUGGCAGUUAGGUCAGACUUCCCCUUUUCCUUACCAACCAACACUACGUGGGAAUGGUAUUUUGCAACGACGGAAUGGAAUUACAUAAAUGCCGGACAAGAGAACGGUAAAAUACCUGUUCAGAUGAGGGUGACUUAUCCGAAAUGGGGACUACACUAUCAGUACAGUAUCUACAACUUCAAAAAAUCUAAACCAGAUCUUCUGAAAUUCGACAUCAGCAGCUGCUAUGAAUUUGAACAGAGAAGAAAGUUUCAAUUUAUGCUACAAGCGACUGAUGCAGUGAAAGACGAGAUCCGCACAAACGAUCUGGUAUUUAAAUACUACGUCCUACAGUCAAUAAUAUCUACAACAGGUGUAUCACCCAUUCGUGUCGCAAAUUUACAGGUACUCGUCGCCGAGAAAGUAUGUGUAACGUUUGAGAUUUUAGAUGUUGCUCCCAACAUAGGAGACGGCAGUACGCCACAUCGGGAGGCACCACUGGAUUUUGCCGCAAGCACUCUCGCCAGUAUGAUACAAAAUAACCAGUUUGUAGUGACGCUAAGCGGUGGUGCCUUCAAAUAUGGAACUUAUUUACAAGCUGAUCCACAAAGCUUGAUAGAGAUAACGUACAGUAACGCUACAACACCGGCUAUAACAACAGAAGGCACUACAGAAGCAACCGUUACUUCUCAAACACCAAGUACUGCCUCAAAAAUGUCUUCUUCAUCAAUAUCAAAUGGCCAAGUAACAUCUAAAUCUGUAUCAGUUUCAUCUAAACCGUCAACUUCAACAGUUAAACCUAAACCAUCCACGGCGUCGUCUAAAUCUAAGACAGUUUCACCUCAAACCGGUGGACAGAAAACUACAGGAACAGGGCAAGUGGAAGGCUCGAAACCGCAAUCGUCGGACAAGUCAACCCGUGCUCUGAGUAUCGCCGGUGUUGUGAUUGGAUCUAUAAUUGCAGCAGUACUGGCGGUGCUGUUGGUAGUUUACCUUAAACGGAGCGGAAGGAUUAGGGUUCGAGGGCAAAACAGUUCUGCUGGCAUUGAUAACGUUGCCUAUAGUAGUGCUAAAAAUGAAAUAACAAAUACAUGGUGAUGAUAAAAAUUACAAUUCGUAGGAUUUUACAUUGGAUACACGAGAUGGAACUUUAAUAUUUUGUACAAAUUUGCUAGAUGACUAUAUCUAUAUAGAGACCACUUGCAUUAAAAGAUCCCCUUUUCAGUUUCUUUGUGUUCUUAAGAACAAAUAGACCAACUCUUAAGACACCCCUUUUUGUCAUGUUCUUUAGUGGGCUCUUAAUGGAAGAUGUAUUGUAUUAAAUUGUAAGUUGGGCCAGUUGGGCAGGGCAUUACUCAUUGUUUAUACUAUUCCCCAAAUGUUAUAACAAUAUGGAAUAAAUAGAACUGCUACAAGGAGUUAGUUCAUUUAUUUUUUAGAUGCAGUAACAAAGUAAGACCAUGUGACUGUGUGAAACUUGUAUAUUUUUAUUUCUUAAAAUGACAUUUAAUGUGAAUCAACAAGAGAAACUG